CGUCACUAUCCUACUCUGUCGUCGAGCAUUUUAGAUGGUUUGACAGUUCGAGCGGAUGGCGACGAGAACUGGUCGUUUGUCUUCGGACGUGGAUAAUCCUGGUUCGAAUCCCAUACCAAUCUUUACUUUUUUAUUUUUAGUUUAAUCAAUAUUGCGUUUAUUAGAUAUUAUUACAUCUCUAAAAUAAAUCUAUGCAAAGAAAUAUAUAACAAAUAAGAAAAACUGUGUAGGUACCUAUAGAUUUUUAAAAAUAUAAAAGCCAAUGUUAAUUUUUUUAAUAAGUUAAUGGUAGAAUACUAUAAAGUAAUUAAAAAUAUUCGUAAAAAAAUACCAAUAAUUAAUAUCAACAUAAUGUACCAUCGAUUUAUUAUUUGAAUCGGUCAUUUAAAAAAUAACACGAGUCACAUAUUCCUAAUUUUACAGAAGAGCAAAGAAAACUUAACUAUAUAGUCGAAAGAUGGAUGAAAUGGAUGACAUCAAAAUUCAAAGUUAUAUUGUAGUUUUGUUCCUAAUGUUUUUACUGGACUGGUGUCGUUUUUGCACACAACGUUUAUCUUAAAGGAGUCUAUUCCUCUCAAAAAGUUAGUUUCUCAAAAUUGUGGACUUUGCUGUUUUUGAAAUGACCGAUUCAAUUAUAAGUAAUUAGACAUUAUUUUUAUUUAUGAAACUAUUGUUACAAUUUUUUAAAAAAGUAGAAGCAAAACAAAUAUUAUUCACAUCAUUCGAAUAAGGACGAAUUUAUUAAUAACGAAUGACUUUUAUUUUACUAUGCAGUUCACAAAAUGUAUUCCAAUAUUAACUUACUAUACAUAGGUACUACAUUUAUUAUCUGCUAGAUUUACUUAGGUCCAUUUUUCAGAAGUAAAAAUAUCUAAUAAACGCAAUAUUGAUUAAAUAAAAAUAAAAAAGGUAAAGUUGGUAUGGGAUUCGAACCACGAUUGUCCACGUCCGAAGACCAAAGACCACUUCUCGUCACCACCCGCCCCAACUGUCAACACAUAUUACUCGAUAAAGUGGGAUAGUCACGUCGUCGAUAUUCCCCUUAAAUUAAAAAGAGACUACCGACCAAAUAGGCUCAUCUAUCUCUGUCGCAACCGUCACCCAUUUUAAGAUCGCAGGGCGCAAUCUAGAGUAUUAUAUAUAUCUAUGAUUUAUACCGGUAGAAAAGCCGAAACGGUACGGUAUAUGGUAUGUUUGAACUAUUCAGCUAUUAAGUGUCAUACUUGAACAAUCACUGACUACCCUUUUAAUUAAAGUUUUAUUUAGCAUUUUGAGAGUAUGUAAAAAUUAUUGUUGUGUAAUAUUUUUUUCUAUGUAAUUAUGUAAUCUAUGCAUCUAAUGUAUUGCAAAUUUUGUAAUGACUACAUAACUGGGCGGAAAAGGUCUACUUUGAAUAAUUUAAUAAAUGAAGAAUUCAUUUGACAUUUUAGGCUAUCUUCACCUUUAUCAUCUGCUGUGUGUUGUUUUUGUUUUUGGACUGUUUUCUUUCAUACUGUUUUCUGUUUUGUAGUUUUGUAUUUUAUUUUAUAUUUGGUUAUAUUUUAUUAUAGUUAUCAACGGAUAUUAUAUUCUUUGAUUUUAUUUUCUCAAUUAAAAGACGUGAAAAAUGAGUGAACAUUGUUGUAAAGUGUGUAACAUUUCUUUUUCUUUAAAAGGAAAUUUAACCAAACAUUUGAAGACUCAACACGAAAAAAAUAAAGUUAAAUAUGACUGUGGACUUUGUGAAUAUUCAUCACCGCGAAAGGAUAGUCUAAAGGAACAUCGAUUGAAAAAGCAUCGUCCUAAUUUUGAGGAUGUGAAUUUAUCUGAAAUUAAGAAAUCAGUCGUCGCGUGUGCAAUGUGUGACCAUAAGACUGAGACGAAAACUGUUAUGCUUGAACAUUAUAAGUUGAAGCAUGGUAUUACUUUGGCUGAAAAAGAGAGCUUAACCUUUGUAAGCGAAGACAAGUUUUUGGAGUGGAAGUUAGAAGUCGAGAAUAGUGAUAAAAAUAAUUUUGUAUGUCGAAGACCAAAAGAAUCGGCUGCUGGUGGCAAGUCAAUAUCUACAUUUCACUGUUUUCGCGAUGGGUAUUUCAAAACGAAAGGUUCUAACCUUCGCCGUGAAAAAGUGUUAGGUAGCAACAAAAUAAACGGAUAUUGUCCAGCAAAAAUGGUGGCAGUUACUCUUCCCACUGGAGAGGUAAAAGUAGAUUUUUAUAGAACGCAUGUGGGCCACCAAAAUGACAUCAAACGUAUGAGGCUAUCCAAAGGAGAAAGAGAUAAAAUUGCAAAAAAUAUUGCAGCAAAAAUUCCGCUUAAAAACAUUUUGGAUAACCUCAGGGCAACUGUUUCAAAUGAUGAAGUGAAACGACGAGAUCUAAUUACGCUACAAGAUAUUCGUAAUGUAGCUAGAGAUUAUAAAUUGAAAGUCAAAAGAAAGGUAAAACCGAAGAAAACAGCAAGAAGAAAACUUCGUAAAGUUUCAUUACAAUUAGAUGUUUGCGAUGAUGACAGAGAUCACAAUGAUUCAUUUACUCACGAAGAACCAGUUGAAUCGGUUCCACAAGAUACAAUUUUGGGUGAUAUGCAAAAUCAGGAAAUGAUUCCAGGUAUUGGCUUGAAGAGAAAAAAAGAACUAGCGAUGAAUGAAUUUCUUAGUGUCUUACAUGGAGCUAAUUCUGAAGUUGAUGUAGAUUUUAUUAUUAAAAUGAUACGGCAAACUCAAGCAUCAAUGUGUACUCAGAAUUCUGUGCAAAAUAGAGCUGCCAACACAAGAAUAAAAUUUGAACACUAGAGGCGAUUUGUCUUUAAAAAAAUCAAUUCUAUAAAACCGCUGGUGGUAAUUCAAUAUCUACAUUUUACUGUUUUUGCGAUGGGUUUUCAAAAGUAGAGGUUCUAACCUUCACUGUGAAAAAAUAUUAGGUAGCAACAAAAUAAACAGACACUGUCAAGCAAAAAUGGUGGUAAUCACUCUUCC